AUGGACAAGAUGACGGAACAGUUGAUUCCUAAAAAGCAAGUGCACCUUAAUGCAUUUGUGCAUCCAUGUCUGGAUAGCACAUUAUGGAAUUUGGUGAAAGUACAUUAUGAAUAUGGGGAAAUCCCAUCUAAGAAUCACUAUAAUAAGAACCGUGCUGAUGGCAUUGAUUUUAUGACUGAUGCUGACAAAUUUCAGCUUGUAUAUGUUGAAGGGUCAAGGCCAGUAGUGAAACAAGAAAAGGAAAUUAUAGAUGUUAAAAAAAUUAUAAAUAAUUUGAAAAGCAUAUUUUCAAAAAUUAUAAAAGAAAUAGUUAAAGACAGAAGGUGUUUAUCAAAAAAAUUAUUUGUAUUCGGUGUUGAUAGUGCUAGUUUACCACGGGAAUUUUCAGAAAUGCAAGAUUUUGUAUACUUUUAUGAAACUGUUGGUCAGGAAGUUAAAACAUCCUUUGAUGAAGCAAAAACUAAACCAAGACUCUCACAUUUUUCAUAUGUAAAUGCUCUUCUUCGACUAGAUGAGUGA